GAUAACAAUGAGACGUUUUAAAUUUCCACAUAAAUAGUGCAUAAUAGUAUGGUUAUUUUUUGCAUGUCGUAAGAUGCUAAAUAUAAACUUAUUGACCAUAUACAUUGAGCAAUUAUUAUUGGGAUACAGACAAUUAUUAAGGGUUGAAGUCAUGUACUUAGUAUUAUUUGCUGUCGUCGGUUUGAUAUGCGCACGUUACGCGGAUUCUGCUCAGUGCGUAUGUGCAACCACAAGCGUAGCUGUUAAUGGAGCCGGAACAUAUCCUUACUGACCAUCCUCGCUAAAGGUAAUUGUCUUACGCUUGGAGGGUCAAGGUGGGGAAUUCCAGGAGCAUAUUGGGUGAAUGUUGACUAUCAGGGACAGAUUGGAUGGAUCAAAGAAAGGUACGUUACAAUAUCGGAUUGUCUUCAGCUCCCCGGAUGUCCUAAAAUUUUAACACGUGCGGAAUGGGGUGCACGUACCCCCACUUCACCACAUACCAAAAUGCUUCUUCCUGUCAAAUACGUGUUCAUACACCACGGUGCUAUCGGCUCGUGUUAUACCAAAGCUAGUUGUACCAGAAUGGUGAAAGGCUACCAAAACUAUCACAUGGCCAAUAAUGGUUGGUCAGAUAUUGGAUAUAGUUUUGUUGUUGGCGAGGACGGCAAUGUGUAUGAGGCACGUGGUUGGGACGCUGUUGGUGCACACACAAAUGGUUAUAAUGAUGUUGGACUAGGAAUCUGUGUCAUUGGUAACUUCGAAAACCGCAAACCAAACGAAGCCGCACUGAACGCCAUCAAACAGCUUAUUGCGUGCGGCUUCCAUAAUGGAAAGCUGUCGCCUGUUUAUUCUUUGCUAGGUCACAGAGAUGUGCGGUCAACAUCAUGUCCUGGACUAUCAUUUUAUAACCUUAUUCAGAAAUGGCCACACUAUAAUGUAAACCAUUUAAAGGAAAUGGGUUCAUAGUGUUGUUUUGAUGGUAUUGUUAUAUUGUUUAAAAAUAGGGGAGUCAAUCUUAAAUGAAAUGACAUUGUUUCAUUUAAAUGAACAUUAUUGCAACAUAAAAAUUAUAUCUCUCCAUUUAAUUGAUAAAAAAGCAAACCCCUAAGCUUAACGAGAAAGUUUUAGACAUGUUUUAUGCAACGGAUAAUAAUACAUGUUAAAUGAUAAUCUCUGAACUACAAAACCAACAUAAUGCGGUUGCGGCCAGCAUGGAUCGAGACCAGCCUGCGCAUCCGCGCAGUCUGAUCAGGAUCCAUGCUGUUCACUUACAAACCCUAUAACAAGUUGAGAAACUGAUAGCUAACAGCAUGGAUCCUGAUCAGACUGCGCGGAUGCGCAGGCUGGUCUGGAUCCAUGCUGGUCGCAAAUCCAUUAUGUUGGUUUUGUCAUGACGCGGCUCAAAUGAUAAUCUCUGAACUACAAAUGUAUUUCCAAGGUAAAGGCAAUUGGCUUAUGCAUGAUGUUACUAUAUAAAAUAAAAAGAUAUAAUUUCAAUUUUUACCCCUGUCCCACAUUUUCUAUCUUCCUUAAGUGCAAGAGGUCAAGGGGAGCAUAUGUUGACAACAAAACAUGUUAUGCUGUAGUUUUACUUUAUCUAAGUGCUUUGUAGUUGUUUUUUUUUCCACAUUGGUCUGAUCAAUUUGGAUCUUUUGAUUACAUAACUACUUAUAAUUAGUUAGGUUUCAUAAUACUAUUUAAACGUUGAAAAAAAAAUGUAAUAUUUUCAUCAUUUCUAUAGAAAAGACUCCACCACAAAUCUACAAUUUUCGACUGUUUUUGUUUUCAUUAUUUCGAGGGAUUGUAGACCCGCGUGAUACAGUUAACAGUUGUGGUAUCUUAUUAAGUCGUUGCUUGUUGAGUCAUAUUUUUAACAUAAUAUAAUAAUACUUGAAAUGUCAAGAUGUAUGUAAUUUGUUCUUUGUAACUUUUAAUUCUUUUAUUGUCACACAUAUGAUUGUAUUGUAUUUCUAUUGCUGAUAUUUCUUCAUGUAUUGUACACAUCCGUGCACUGUGUAGGGUCCGCUACCAAAAUACAAUGCAUAUCAUUUUCCAUUUUUUUUAUUCUAUAUUUGUCUCCUUUACUUAUAUGAUAAACGACAAACAUUAGAGGCAUCCAACACAACACUUCAAGAGACUCUGUUUGAAGCCAAUAAAUAAAUGGUAUAUUCCGAUUUUACUACUCUGAUUACUAGUAUACAACCAGCGGACAGAAUAAUCCUCUAUAGGUCUUAAACAGUUUCCGUAACAUACAGUCACAAAUCGGAAAUUAAAUAAAAAAAGAUAUUUCCUUCAUUAUUAUGCAUCAUUUUAACGCAAUGGUCAUUUCUUUGUUAAUAAAUUUAUUUGGUAAU